CCUCCAGCAGACUCGGAGGUGGGGCACAAAGAUGCUUAGGCUGGGCUAUGCCAAGCCUGGGUCCUGGGGCAGCUUCUGGGCCAUCCUGACCUUGGUGGGCCUGGCCACUCGUGCAGAUCGCGGCCCUGAACCUGGGUGCCUUUUCAAGCUGUGCUGUGUUCCUGCUGCAGCCCAGAAAGCUGACGUUGGCGGGGAGGCAGCAGGCACCUCCAUCAACCACUCCCAGAUGCUGCUCCAACGCUUGCAGGAGCUGCUGAGGCAGGGCAAUGCCAGCGACGUGGUGCUGCGGGUGCAGGCGGCGGGCACAGACGAGGUCCGAGUCUUCCACGCCCACCGCCUGCUGCUGGGACUGCACAGUGAGCUGCUCCGGGAGCUGCUGAGUAACCAGAGUGAGGUCGUGCUGCAGGAGCCCAGGGACUGUGCCGCUGUCUUUGACAAGUUCAUCAGGUACCUCUACUGCGGCGAGCUGACCGUGCUGCUGGCCCAGGCCAUCCCGCUGCACAGGCUGGCCACCAAGUACGGGGUGGCCUCCCUGCAGCGGGGCGUGGCCGACUACAUGCGCGCGCUCCUGGCGGGCGGCGCGGGCCCGGCCGUGGGCUGGUACCACUACGCGGUGAGCACCGGCGACGAGGCCCUGCGCGAGAGCUGCCUGCAGUUCCUGGCCUGGAACCUGUCGGCCGUGGCGGGGAGCGCCGAGUGGGGCGCCGUGAGCCCUGAGCUGCUGGCGCAGCUCCUGCCGCGCUCGGACCUGGUACUGCAGGAUGAGCUGGAGCUGUUCCACGCGCUGGAGGCGUGGCUGGGGCGCGCGAGGCCACCCGCCGCAGUGGCCGAGCGGGCGCUGCGCGCCAUCCGCUACCCCAUGAUCCCGCCGGCGCAGCUGUUCCAGCUGCAGGCGCGCUCGGCCGCCCUGGCGCGCCACGGCGAGGCGGUGGCCGACCUCCUGUUGCAGGCCUACCAGUUCCACGCCGCCUCGCCGCUGCACUACGCCAAGUUCUUCGACCUCAACGGCAGCGCGUUCCUGCCCCGCAACUACCUCGCGCCCGCCUGGGGCGCCCCGUGGGUCAUCAACAACCCGGCCCGCGACGACCGCAGCACCAGCUUCCAGACGCAGCUGGGCCCGAGCGGCCACGACUCGGGUCGCCGGGUCACCUGGAACGUGCUCUUCUCGCCGCGCUGGCUGCCCGUCAGCCUGCGGCCGGUCUACGCGGACGCCGCCGGCACCGCGCUGCCCGCCGCGCGCCCCGAGGACGGCCGGCCGCGGCUCGUGGUCACGCCGGCCAGCAGCGGCGGCGACGCGGCGGGCGUGAGCUUCCAGAAGACGGUGCUGGUGGGGGCGCGCCAGCACGGCCGCCUGCUGGUCCGCCACGCCUACAGCUUCCACCAGAGCAGCGAGGAGGCGGGCGACUUCCUGGCGCACGCAGACCUGCAGCGGCGCAACUCUGAGUACCUGGUGGAGAACGCCCUGCACCUCCACCUAAUCGUCAAGCCCGUCUACCACACCCUCAUCCGGACCCCCAAGUAGCCAAGCGGGGCCGGGGUGGGGAGCUCGGCGUCCCGGACGCCUCUGGAUUGGGGAAUAAAGGCCUGGCAUAGAUGGCCCAGAGGGACUGGGAGGGGCGCGGCACGUGGAGGUGCCUACAGUGGCCCCCGGGGUAGCCAUGCGCUGGCAACGUCGGAGCUGGGUGGAGUCCAGGUGAGGGGAGAUGUCUGGUUUCAGGAGCUGAUUUCACGGUUGACUUGAAGGCAACGCUCUUGGUUGAAUAAACCGAUGCUCAGAGAGGCGAGGGGAUGAUUGAACCACCCAGUCCCGGGGGAAAAAUCAGCCCAAGGAGGGUCCCACAGGUCUAGGGGCUCUCCGUCUUUCAUUAGCUUUUCCCCCAAGGACCCCCACCCCCACACGGAACGGGGCAGGUAAGAGCAUCUAAUGGUCAGGGCUACCCUCAGCCUAGUA